CCCCCUUUUUAACCACACACCGAAUUUUCUUUCAUUUAGGCGAUCUAUAUAUAAAUAUAUAUCCAUAAGCUGUAGAGAAAGUAGAUCUGCUUCGGCUUGCCCCCCCUUUUUCUAUAUAUAAAAAAUCAACAACCAACCGCUAAAAUUUGGGGGGGAACAGCUUUCGCCCUGGAGCGGUGCGCGAUGUUAUCACACGCCGACCUCCUGGACGCCCGGCUCGGAAUGAAGGACGCCGCCGAGCUGCUGGGCCACCGGGAGGCGGUGAAGUGCCGCUUGGGCGUCGCAGGCUCGGAGCCCGGAGGCCACCCGGGGGACCUGGCGCCCAACUCGGACGCGGUGGAAGGGGCCACGCUGCUCUCCGGAGAGGACAUCACCACGGUGGGUUCGACGCCGAGCGCGCUGGCCGUCAGCACCAAAGACCCCGACAAGCAGGCCGGGCCGCCGGGAGGGCAGAACCCCAGCCAGGCCGGACCGCAGCAGGGCCAGCAGAAGCAGAAACGGCACCGGACGCGCUUCACGCCGGCGCAGCUCAACGAGCUGGAGCGCAGCUUCGCCAAGACUCACUACCCGGACAUCUUCAUGCGCGAGGAGCUGGCUCUGCGCAUCGGCCUCACCGAGUCGCGAGUCCAGGUCUGGUUCCAGAACCGACGGGCCAAGUGGAAGAAACGCAAGAAGACCACCAACGUGUUCCGCGCCCCCGGCACGCUGCUGCCCACGCCAGGGCUGCCCCAGUUUCCUUCCGCCGCCGCCGCCGCAGCGGCCGCCAUGGGCGACAGCUUGUGUUCCUUCCACGCCAACGACACGCGCUGGGCCGCGGCCGCCAUGCCGGGGGUGUCGCAGUUGCCCUUGCCGCCGGCUCUGGGCAGGCAGCAGGCCAUGGCGCAGUCCCUGUCGCAGUGCAGCCUGGCGGCGGGCCCCCCGCCCAAUUCCAUGGGCUUGUCCAACAGCCUGACGGGCUCCAACGGCGCCGGCCUACAGUCGCACCUCUACCAGCCCGCUUUCCCUGGCAUGGUGCCCGCUUCCCUGCCAGGUCCCAGCAACGUGACGGGCUCGCCGCAGCUCUGCAGCUCCCCGGACAGCAGCGACGUGUGGCGGGGCACGAGCAUCGCCUCCCUCCGCCGGAAAGCGCUGGAGCACACAGUCUCCAUGAGUUUCACCUAAUGGCGCCCCCGCCUUCCCAGCCAGCAGCCUCUCCCAGCCGCGCCUCCCGUUUUCCCGCCUUUUCUUCACCUCCGUCCGGCCUCCCUGCUCUCACCCGCGCGGAUCGCCUGGUUCCCGCCAUUUUUCCCCCUUUUUACCUAAAAGAGGAGGGGGAGCCACUCACCAGGGAGCCGACUCAGGAUCUGAAACCAAUGGGCUAGUUUUGUGGGGAGAGUAAAACGCAAGCGCUCACACACGCGAUCUCCGGCGAGCACCCAGGGCAAGUUCGUGCUGCAAGGGCGGAGACGUAAGCCAACGCGUGUCUUAAUUAAGAUUUAAAAAAUACCUAUCCUAAGGACUCAGCGGGCCUCAUUUAAGUUCUGUCGAAGUUCCUCCCCGAUUCACACACACAGGGGCAUAUAUAGUGUGUAUAUACAUAAUAUAUAUGUAUGUAUGUAUAUGUAUGUAUACACACAUAUACAUGUGUGUGAGUGGGUGAGUGAGUGGGUGCAUACAUACAUACGAAUACAAUAGCCACGUUUGCGGGGGUUUUGAUAGGUUUUUUUGGGCAGGCGAGUUUGACCUUCGGGCAAGAACCGUGGCGAUGACGGGAAUCGUCCAGGGAAAACAGCCCAUUUUGAUAACCCUUUUUAAGCGACCGGAGUCGAAUUCAAUCGAUUUUUUUAAGGCGACACAAAUCUCCGCCCCUUCCUUUCCCGUCCUCCCCACUUUGAUGGGCUAUUUAAUUUCUAGGACGACCCCGUUUCAGCUUUGGCGCCCCUCAUUUUUUCGCUUUGUUUCGGCCGCAGCCCUGCGCCCUCUCGGAGCAGCGGGCAAGCGACGCCUAGCUCACGUAGACCCGAGAGACCUCCAAUCUGGCGAAGACUUUGUACAGAUAAAGCAAGCCGCUGUUUCUCCCCCUUUUCUGCAUGUGCUGGUCCAAAUCCAGAGAACAGAAGCUGUUUCGAAGAAUGAACCCACGGUGAAAUAGGAUGUUUUGUGUAGAUAAAGCAUUCUUGUUACAUACUGGUCGAUUUGUGAUAUGUUUUAAAAAAAAAUACUGUCUGUGCUUAUUUAUUAUGGAAUUUUGGGUUUCUUAAUAAAUGUUUGAGGCUAUUACAAACCUAUGAUUUGACUUUUCCCAGCGAGUUGGCACCACAUUAAUGUAAAUGGAUAAAUAAAAUAAUUUGCUACGUGCGUAGUGGGAACGACGAUUGUGAGAUAAGGGGUAUUUUAAAACGAGUGAGCAAAUAAUUCAUUUUUCCUCCAGUUUGGAAUGGGGAGAGUUGUCACAUGUUUGGGAAUAGUCCUCUGAUUUUGCAAUGAAGCUACAGCAUUCCUUAAUUACAAUUUCAAUAAACCGCUUGAUCUCUUUGUGUCAAAUGACUUCGUAUAAGAAGCAAGAUUCUAAUGGAAAUAUCGGCAGCGUGAAAUAUCUGAAUCUAAAACAAGCACUUGCUUGUAAGAAUGCACAUAUAAGGAUUACAGCAAAAAUAGCAAAUACCCAAGUUCCUUUGUUCUGGUGGUGAAACAUUUGCAAAAAUAAUAUUUUUCUUCGUAAGUUCAGAGCAAAACAUUUGAUCAGACCAAGCUACCAUAGAGGAGACAAGGCAUACAAUAAAAAAAAUCUUCAGAUUUCCUAAAAAUAAUAUUGCUUAUGUAUAUUUCAUGUUGAUUACUAAGUCUGUAAAUGGCAAAAAGAGAAAAAGAAGCCACCGUUUGUGACUAUAUUGGUAAUAAAAAAAGGGCAGAGAUUAAGAUGGUAGGCUUAGUUAA